AUGUCAUCUACAACGAAGAAUAAUAACUCUCGUUAUCGUGAUGGGUGUAUGGGCCCAGGAUACAUAGCACUAAAAAAUAGUUUUAUUGGUAAUUUAUUUCGUAAAUUAACCUUUAAAACUUCUAAAUCUGUAAAAUCCCAAGAAACCACCAACAAUUCUUCCUUGACGAAUUCUGACCCUAUAAAUUCCAUUAUAAAUAAUAAGAAUGAUGAUACAAAAAUACGAACUCCUCAUAAAGUGAAGAUAAAAUCUGAUCAUAAAGCGAAAUAUAUUCCAAUUGAAAUUCCUAUUUCAAAUAAUGAACAAGUGGAAACCAAUUCAUCUCUAUCUCCUCAAAAUCGACCAAAAGACAUUCAUCAAUUAGAACAAAAAGUUGACGCUCUUGGCAAACAAUUAAGUCAGAUUGAACAAAUGUUGAACUCUUUGGUUCAAGCUCCUAAAGUUGACGAUAAUGUAAUAAAUAAUUUGGAAAAAAAUGAAAAUAAUGAUAAAAAAGAUUAUAUUAUUGAAAGUAAAAAUAUAAUUAAAAAGAAUUUAGAAUCAUUAACUCAAAAUCUCAAAUCCCAUUUAAAGUCCAAUGACCAAGUAGUAGGUCGUUUCAACAUAUUGCGCACUUAUGGUAUGACUCGAGAUCCUGUAUCAAAAGCCUACAUGAUAGUGAUGACAUUAGCUGAUGAUGGUGAUUUAUCUGCAUACUUGAGAAAACAUUUCUCUGAACUCAAUUUUAUCAAGAGACUAGAUAUUCUUUAUGACAUGGCCACUGGUUUAUGUCAGAUUCAUAAGUCUGGACUUAUGCAUCGUGAUUUACAUAGUGGAAAUGUGAUGUGUCAACGACUAUCGGGUAGAGACCCGGGUCGUGCAGAUGAAUAUCGAUUCGUGAUUGGUGAUUUAGGCCAGGCGACUCCGCCCAUAAAAGAUGAAUUCAAAAGAGGCGAUGAACUCUUAAAGGCGCCACAGCAGCUAGAAUUACAUUCACAUAAUGUCCCGUAUAGUACUUUUCAUGAUACUAAAGCAUUAACAACGAAAUCACAACACCAUCCCAGUUAUGAAACCUUAAGCAUAGAUAUCAUGAAUAACGAUGCCUUUGAAAUCCCUGAUUCUGAAGAUUAUUCAACCUUUGAAAUCCCUGAUUCCAUAGAUAACGAAGAUUAUUCAACCUUUGAAAUCCCUGAUUCCAUAGAUAACGAAGAAAUCUCUGAUUCAUUGGAUGAAGUUACUGAUUCCUUAAAUAAUGUAGACCUGGAUGAUAUUCCUAUAACCCCAACUGAUGAAUCAUCAGUACUACAUAGUGUUAAUAUUGAAGGUAUUAAAAAAGAAAAUGCAUCUGCAUCUUCAUACCAACAAAAACGUUCAACUAAUAAAGAUGUAAUAGUAAAAGAAAAGGCUGCGUAUAGAUAUUCACAACAGUCGAUGGGAUCUGUAAAAUUUGAUUUUUCAAUUGAAACUGAUAGUGAAGAUUAA